AUGCUAGUGUCAACCCUUUCCACACAUAUCCAUUUCGUCAUAGCCACAUCGCUUAUCUGCGGACAUCAAAGCCGAAUAUUCGGUAGCUCAUUAGAUGCCAUCCAACACAGAAUUCGAUACGCAAUCACUGAGAAUCAACCAGCAAAGAUGCGGAUUGGAAAGCUGGAUGAGGAUCUACUUCAGACUCCAGAACUAAGAUUGACAGAGCUGUUGAUUUUGUUGCGAAACAACAAAGAUGAAAAGCUAUCCUAUAGACUGACAGACGCUUCCUCGAUCUUUCAUUUGAACGAAAUAACCAGUGUGUUAUCUACCAUCACGUCUAUUGACCUGGAGGAAUUAUGUUUACACCAUUGUACAGAUGGCUCCAGUAGAGCACAAUUUAAUUUGUUUGUGAAUAUCUUUUAUGCAUCUCGUUUAGUUGCUGUGGUGCACGUUGAAAUUACUGUGAUAGAUGUGGAUGAUAAUCCGCCAACCUUUCCACCGACAAUCUCGCGCCCUUUUGUACUGCAGCUGAAAGAGGUUAUUUACAGAGCUGGUCAACAAGUGGAACUUCCCAAGGCAAUUGACAAAGAUGUACAACCUGAUCAUGCGGAAAUUUCCUAUCACCUAGAAUCCCACCCGGAUGAUGUCUCACAAUCACUAGAAGCCUUUCGCUUGAUAACUCGGAAUGAUUCCAGACCUAUGCUUCUGCUACAAAAAGAUUUGGAUUACGAAAAUGUGUCUUUGUAUAAGUUUUAUCUUAUUGCCCAAACACCGCAACUAGAGGGGCGCUCUGAGAAAAUCUAUUUGAACGCACCUCAACCCCAUUUUCGGGACCAACUUGAAGUUCAUGUUGAAGUAAUGAACAUCAAUGACGUUGAGCCCAUUUUCUCAAAGCCUGUCUAUUCUCUGAAUGUUCCAGAAGAUGUAGAGGUUGGGAGUGUUAUCCAUAUGCUGGAGGCAACGGAUACGGAAGUAAACUCUACAAUAACUUACUCUCUUGAGUAUGGGUCAGAUAAGAUGAUAAGUACAACAUUUCGCGUCGAGCCGGAUGGCCGAACAAUCCUUAUACACCCGCUUGACUUCGAAACGCAGAAAAGAUAUUCUUUUUCAGUACGAGCUAGUGAUGGGGAAUUCGGAUCGUUCGCAACGUUGGAGGUAAACGUUACCGAUGUAAAUGAUGAGGCACCUGAGUAUAUUACCAGGCCAAACAACCUUACACUGGAAGAAAAUCAACCGAGCCACACAUCCAUUGGUCAGCUACUUAUUACCGAUCGCGACAGUCCCCAGAUUAACGGUCAAAUUACAUGCCACGAACCAAACACACUCUUGGGCAAACAACCAAUGAUCUUCUUUGAGGAGCCAAAUGCUGUGCGCUUAAACAUGAUCGCGGAUGUUCUUGGACCACUAGACAAACAGAUUUAUCAUCGCUACGACUUGUACAGUGGUAGGACGUUUGAUCGUGAAACUGAACCACAAGUUCAACUCAGUUACCUUAUAUGCUCAGACAGUCAACUAAACUCGGAUGACUUUCUGGAAAGGGCGAAAGAAAUGGACGGAAGAAGAGCGCUUACUGCCACUUUGACAAUCUCCCUAACAAUUGUUGAUCAAAACGAUAACAGACCGGUUUUUGAACAGUCACAUUACGAAGCUAUCUUGGAAGAGAACUCUGAGAUAGGAACUCGUAUCAUUCAGGUGCACGCAAAUGAUGCUGACAAAGAAAUGCAUGCAAGGCCAACAUAUCGUCUACUUCAAAACACUCUAUUCUCUCCUGUUUUUGCUAUUGAACCGGAAACAGGUUGGAUAGUUACUCAUGGAAACAUCGAUCGCGAAACACAAGCUUUGUAUCACCUAACGGUUUUAGCGGUUGACGGCGGGGCAUCCAGUAGCAGCAAAAAUGUUGGAGCAGACCCCUUAGUUCAGUUCACUGGAAAACGAUUCACCGCCACAGCUCAUGUUGAGAUUAAGAUAACUGAUGUGAAUGAUAACGCCCCGGAGUUUCGAGGACCAAGACAGUUUGCUGUAGAAGAGAACAGUGAAAAUAACAAAUGGAUAGGGGAUUUGCAAUACGUCGAUCUGGACGAGGGCGUCAAUCGGGAUGCUGAGUUUACUCUGUCCGGAAAACAGGUAGACGUAACACAAGGGCAUUCCAUCCAGGGUGGUAACCAAACUCUAAAACGGCAAGCAGAAAUUCCCAUUCGUUUGGAGAAAAAUGGUAGUCUGUACACAUCGAAGAGUAUGGAUAGGGAAAAUCAAUCUUACUACUGCUUCGAAGUUGUGCUAAAAGACGGCUCGCCAACCAGGUCACUCUCUAGUGCGGAUACGAUAUGCGUACGCAUACUCGACGUGAAUGAUAACCCUCCACGAUUCAAAGAUAUACGGGGCAGAAUAAUUGAUGAAACUAACAGGACAGAUGUGGACCGGAGCGGACUACAAGAGGAUACGAAUGUUUCUGUAUCCAUAAAUGAAGUACCUGGUUACUGCGUGUUAAUUGCGGAGGCUGAAGACAUUGAUGAAGGUCUCAACGCGCAGCUACAUUACACAAUCAUGCCACAACAGGGAGAGAGUUCUAGAGAUGCGACAAUAUCUGUUUUAAGGGAUGCAUUCGUUAUGGAACCAAAAAGUGGACGCCUGAUGCUAACACGUAGUUUGCACAGGCGUGAAAUCGGUGUGUAUCCCUUCGUCCUCAUUGUUGAGGACAGUGGACGGCCAAGCCAGAGAGCUCAACAGCUCGUUCACAUUAUCGUCGAGGAUGUCCCAGCUAGAGGACCUUGGUUAUUUGCAGACCAAUUUGCGGAGGUUAGGGCAGUAUCCAAGAAGUCUGGCGAGCCGGUCGAUGCUCAAAGUUUUUUGAUCGUGAUCGGAUUAGCUGGUUUGUCGGCACUCUUAGCUGCAGUCCUUAUUGGCGCAAUCUUAUGCAUAAUGAAACCCUGCUGUACUAAUAAGAGUCGUUCCAAUGAAGCAAGUUUUUGGAAGAAAGGAUCCCCUUCGGCAGAAAAAGCAGAUCGGAUGUUUAAUCUUCGUCAAGGGAACUCUUACCUAGACCAAGCAAUUAAUUACGACGACCGCAAUUUUCAAGUGAUUUCUGGAAAUAACUUCACGGAAUCAUUCGACGGAAAAGUGUACCCAACCAGUUUCUUGGUAACAAACAACCUUUCGAAUGGCUUGGAGCAGGUUUUCUUGCCCUCGGACAAAGUGAAUCAUUUGGAAUCCAAUCUAGCGCCUAGGUCUACGGUGUUCGAUUCUCUUAAAAGUUACGAGCAAAGUGAAGAAGCGAUGCUGAUAAAUUCUCCGCUGAUCAAUCGGCUGCCGCCAGCCGCAUCCGCAUCUCCCUACACAUCGUCUCAAUCAAUGGAUUCAAAUUGGAUUGUUGCCACGGUACCAAGACCUGUAUGGGCACCAACGGAAUACCGUCCGCAUGAGUUUGAGUCACAUUGUGAGGAGUGCCACGGCUAUAUCAGUCCGGAAAGUGUGCUUCAUUUACAGGGGGAAACAUACCCCAACGGUGCGCCCAGUAUCUUUGCUUCGACAGUUUCACCCACAUUUCAUAAUACAAGCCCCGUACCAAAAGCAAGUGUUGAAUCUACGUCCAACAAAUACAGACCCUUAAGUGCAGGGUUCGGUAAGCCCAUGAGCUGCUUCUCUUAUGGUGUCCGACCUGUCAAUGCAGCUUCAGGUGCAAUACAUGUAGAACGCAAUGGUUGUGGAGAGGAGCAGCGUUCAGACAGCGGUCGAGGAGCAAGUGAUGAUGAAUUUGUCACCACAAACGGUCCCGGAUUGGUGUUGACACCAGUGCAAAUCGGAAAAAUUCGCUCAGCUACUCUAAAAAGCUUUCAAAUGAACGAAAGCUACAAACCGUCUUAUGUGGUCUUCCCGAGUCUACCUAGGAACAAUCACACUGAACAGCUUCUCAUUCAUCUGGAACGACUGUGCGCAACAUCUAGGUUCCGGUGGGACUCAUGA